CAGUGCAUCUCUAUCCACAUUGGCCAGGCUGGUGUCCAGAUCGGUAAUGCCUGCUGGGAGCUCUACUGCCUGGAACACGGCAUCCAGCCUGAUGGCCAGAUGCCCAGUGACAGGUCCACUGGGGAUGGAAAUGAAUCCUUCAGCACCUUUUUUAGUGAAACUAGCACUGGCAAGCGUGUACCAAGGGCAGUGUUUGUAGACCUGGAACCCACAGUCAUUGAUGAAAUUCGCAGUGGCCCCUACUGCCAGCUAUUCCACCCUGAUCAGCUCAUCACGGGCAAGGAAGACGCUGCUAAUAACUAUGCUCGUGGACAUUACACCUUGGGCAGGGAGGUUAUAGACCCUGUCUCCGAUCAGAUUCGGAAACUGGCCGACAAGUGCGAAGGUCUUCAGGGAUUCCUGGUUUCCCACAGCUUUGGUGGGGGAACUGGUUCUGGGUUCACCUCUCUCCUGAUGGAGCGUCUCUCUGUGGACUAUGGCAAGAAGUCCAAGCUCCAGUUUUCCAUCUACCCAUCUCCCCGGGUGUCCACAGCUGUCGUGGAGCCCUACAACUCCAUCCUCACCACUCACAGCACCCUGGAGCAUUGUGACUGUGGCUUCAUGGUAGACAAUGAAGCCACCUAUGACAUCUGUUGUAGAAAUCUGGACAUUGAACGACCAACCUACAUCAACCUCAAUCGCCUUAUUAGUCAGGUAGCGUCCUCCAUCACUGCUUCCCUCAGGUUUGAUGGAGCCCUGAAUGUUGACCUGGCAGAAUUCCAGACCAACUUGGUGCCCUAUCCCCGCAUCCACUUCCCUUUAACCACCUAUGCCCCUGUAAUAUCUGCUGAGAAAGCAUACCAUGAAGAACUUUCAGUUCCGGAAAUCACCAAGGCAUGCUUUGAGCCAAACAACCAGAUGGUGAAAUGUGACCCUCGCCAUGGUAAAUACAUGGCCUGCUGCCUGUUGUACCGUGGUGACGUGGUCGCCAAAGAUGUCAAUGCUGCCAUUGCCAGCAUUAAGAACAAGCGUAGCAUCCAGUUUGUGGACUGGUGCCCCACUGGCUUCAAAGUUGGCAUCAAUUACCAGCCUCCCACUGUGGUCCCUGGUGGAGACCUGGCCAAGGUCCAGCGGUCUGUGUGCUUGCUGAGUAACACCACAGCCAUUGCUGAAGCCUGGGCCCGGCUGAACCACAAGUUUGACCUGAUGUUUGCAAAGCGUGCAUUUGUCCAUUGGUAUAUCGGUGAGGGCAUGGAGGAGGGAGAGUUUUCUGAGGCCCGAGAGGACAUGGCUGCCUUAGAGAAGGAUUAUGAGGAGGUUGGAGCAGAUAGUGCUGAUGGAGAUGAUGAGGGUGAAGAAUAUUAACUUGACAUUUUUUAUUCCUGUCUGUCUUGAACUCAUUUGUGAAGCAGUCUAUUGUGGCAUAAAGCUGUCAAUAAAAUAUUUUCAUAUGAAUGUCAGUUUGGUUGCUUAUUUUAAUUUUGAGGUAAACAAGCAGAGAAUGAAUGAUA